GGUUCAUCCCUGUCAGUGGCACGCUGAGAAACGGCAGCGAUACGACGACACUGCACAAACAGUUCUGGAGACAAAAAGUCUGAAGGCGUCUAAAAACCUGAUCUUCUGGAACUUAAGGAUAAGACUGAACGCUCUUAAAACAAGAAAUCAACUCGCACAGAGAAAACUGGAGAAUUGCAAAGUUCUCCCAUCACUGACAUCUCCGAAGACGAACGCUCAACCAUCUAAACCCAUGACUGCACGACCUAUGGAGACGGUGGGUUUCGGCGUGCUACCCGCACACAUCUUGGCAUCAGCCAUGGAGGAGUUUCCCCAGCAUCUGCCUGUACCCAAAUGUAUGGCGCGGGGUCGAAACCGUCCUAGGCGGGCCAGAGAUGCCCGGUUCAAGACCCAGCCGGUGACCUUCGCUGAGAUAGCAGAGGUGGAGGAGGAAGGGGCUUCGCCUCUGGAGGAGGAACGUGCGAGACGAUCGUUCUUGCAGUCGCUGGAGAGUCUGAGGAAGAGCACACAGACUUUGCAUCACGCGGGAUCUACACAGAGCUGCCGCACGGCGUCGGCACAGGCGAGUCUGGACUCCAGUGACUCAGACUCGGCGCAGUGAGGGAUGGAGGAAAGGCUCACACACAUAUCUGCUUUUCAAAUUCCUGAUUUACAUCUGUUAGCCUAGUUAUGACAUGCUUACGAUGCAAUUUCAACGUGCAUAUUCCAGUCAAGUUACACUGUGAUUGUUUAAGCUCCUCAGCGAGAGCAAAGUUGUAGCAUUUCAGAAAGGCAAAUUCCUUUUUUUUUCACAAGACGAGCAGUUUUGUAUGUAAUGAACUUGGACUGAAGAGGUUUUAUGCUGUAUUCCAUUGAAACAGAUGUUGUUUCGUAUCCCAUGUGCCUGUUUAAAGAUUGCACAGUCAAAUGGGUUCUUCACUGCUGUGCAGGAUGUAUUGUAGACUGUUGGGGUUUGAUAUAAUUCAUGAUGGACGUUUGAAAGAGGUACUGACAGACCCAUGUACUGUAUUUUCAUAGAAUAAUCAGGCAUGAUUUCAAACCCUGAUAUUGUCUGCUAGAUUGGUGAAUUUACAUACGGACUCAAUGAGGAGCAAAUUAUUUGACUUCUUAAAGGUAUCUUAUAUUUAUUCACAGAUUAUUUUGUUAUAACAUAGCAUAGCGAUUUUAGAUAAUUGUUCUGUUGACACUGUGGACUUGUAAAGUCACUGUUAUUGAAAAAACACAAGCCUUUAUACUGUUCUUUGACUUGACCUUUAUUAUUAUGAUGUUAAUGUGUUUCUUACUUUCUUUCAUAGAUAUGCAAAUAAACUUUAUAACCUUGGA